GGGUGUGGACUUAAAAAAGAGGGCAGGGUAAAAGUGGGCGGAUGGCUAGCCUCUAGUGUUUGUGCAUUUAGGCUCAGAGUCUGAAAUUAGUGUCCUUGAGAGCAGCAGGAAUUAGACCCAAAGAGACAAACAGCCAUCAAACACACCGCCAUCAUGCUGAUCCUCCUCGGUGCCAUCUUCGCCCUCCACAUCAUCGGCAUCGUCCUUCUCCUGGUGGCCACCAUUGACAAUGCCUGGUGGGUGACCGACGACGUCUACACCGACGUGUGGGCCCGAUGGGUGAAGAUCAACGACGCGUGGAACCUCACCGACCUUCCCUCAACCUACCCAUCCAACUACCUCCAGGCAGUGCAGGCCAGCUCCGUCCUCGCCUGCAUAUUCUCCAUCCUGGGAAUCUUUGUGUUCGUGGCUCAGCUCUUCACCCUACCGAAGGGACAGAGGUUCACCAUCUCCGGUAUAUUCCAGCUACUUGCCUGCCUGUGCAUCAUGAUCGCGGCCUCCAUCUACACGGACCGCUUCCACCUGGACGAGCGCAACGGCUGGUACGGCCACUGCUUCAUCCUGGCGUGGAUCGCCUUCGCCCUCACGUUCUUCUCCUGCAUCACCUACUUUGUGCUACGUAAGAAGACGGCGGCGUGAGAGAGACACUAGAUCUUGCUCCGGACAGCCCAAAAAAAAAAAAAAUUGUUUGGGUUGGUUUUCUUUUUUGGGUUAGGAUUUUUUUUUUUUCGGUCACAGAUGAUGAGAUUCGAGCUGCUAGCGUACGUUCAGCUGUAGAUACACGCCGGACCUCUCAAAUACGUUCUGGUGUUCGGCCGAGUCUGCUCUCAGAUAAUCAGGGUUUUUAAACGGCAGACUCGGUCGAUCACGGCUGUAUUUAGGUUCUAUUUUAUUUGUUUUUGUUUUUUUUAACUGGGCUGGAUUUCUUGAGGGCAUCUAAGAAUAUUUUUGUUGUUAACUGAAUGGAAAAGACCUUCAUGUUUAUAAGAUAAAUUAAGAUCUAUCAGGAAUCCUGUCUUUGAAGAAAAGCAGGUUUGAAGAGUAAAAUCUGUGGUCUUUUUAUUUCUGUUUUUUUGUUUUUUGCAAUGUACAUUUACACGUGAUAGAGUAUUAGAUUAACAAGGGGGCGAGUUUUGGAUUUUUUUGUUUGCAUUAUUUUAUUUGAUCUGUUUUAUAUUUCAUCUUGUCUUACUUCCUAUCAUGUGCCACUAAAUAAACGGAGUGUAAUUACAGCGUGAUGGCUUCCUAUGGAUCAUAACGGAUUUCUCUAUAAUCUAAUAAUACGAUAAAAACAGCAAUAACACAGGUUGUUUCGUGAUAUUUUUCGUGAGGAAGACGCCGAACCGAGACGAAUAAUCUACACAGUCGUGGAUGAAGGAGCAGAGAGUCCUGCUUCAUGUGUUCUAGGGAAUUUGGUGGAAAUGUCACGUAAAGAAAAACCCAAAAUCAGGCGACAUCUCAAGAUAUACCCGAGCUUACGUGGCUCUGAUUCUCCCAGUAGAUUGGAGCUCAUGUUUUCAAGGCCGAGGCGUUGUUGUGUCUGUUGGUAACGUCACGCUGGUUGUUAUUGGAGGGAACGAAUGCACAAGUUUUAAAUAUUAAAGGACGAUUUACUCUUCCUGUGCCUCUGUAACAUACAUUAUUGUAGCCGGUUCUAUAAACACCUGAAGCACACUGAACUCGCCACGAAUCAGCCGCUAGAAUAAUACUUCUGGUUUUAAAUCCAACCGUAUUCCAGCCUUCACGAGAUCUCAUAUAAUUAAAUUAAUUAAACAUGGCCCCAGAUGUAAUGUGUAAAUACGAUCUGUUCCCUGACAAUUAUCUGUACGUCUGAUACUGUUUUAUUUUUGUUACUGUUAUUUGUGAACGACGAUGAUUUGUACGAACAUUAAAAUGUGAUUUUCAACCA